AUGAGCGGUCGACAACCACUUAUUCCACCAGGAUAUGAAAGAUCAGGGUUCGUCAGUAAAGAAAGAAAACGAUUCAUAGUCUUCACCUUUUUCGAUGCUUCAAUCACAAUACUAUUAUGGCUAUUAUGUACAGUAACACGCGAUGAUGAUUGGGACAAGGCAUUCUUUAAUGAGAUCAAUAUUUUCAAUCCGAAAUUUAUCCAUAUUUCGCUUUUUGAUAUAGUUCUCUUGGCAGUUCUCCGAAUGCUGCUACUGGGCGGUACAUAUGGAAUUUGUCUGGUUAAGCAAUGGUAUAUGGUGGCAUUCACUACACUCGCAUCAAGCGCAUAUAUCCUUGUGAAAGUUCUGUUCUAUUUCAAUCAUUCAUCGAGCGCUGUUCCACCUCUUCUUCUCAUCAUUGCCUCGUUCACACUCUGUUGGUCAGAAUUUUAUUUGAUGCCUUUCCAAAUAUUACCAAGAGAACGAAUAUAUGCUCGACGAGAUCUUGAAGGGCCGAUAAUCCGGAGUUGUCAACAGACGAUGAAACGCGUUCGAAAAACGCAGACGGCCGUUCCGUCUCGUGUCUCUUCUGGAGUUUUUAUCGCAUCUGAUUAUGAUGAAUUUCGAAGCGCCGCCGAAUUCUCGUCAGAUGAAGAAGCACGAUCACGUCUUCUGGUACCGCCAGACACAAAAAGACUUUUCGAAAUAACAUUGAGAGAGUGCCUCGAUCAAGUGGAAGAACUCAUGAGAGAUUCGCGACUUGGUGGAUGGAAGACUCUACGAGCAAACUCCCCGACCGUAUUGCAAGGUCCUGACAAUUACUUUUUGGUUAAAGCGGAGUUCGACAAGUUCCCAGCUUUGGUUCUUUUCAACAUUGCUUGGAAAGAUAUGCUCAAGUGGAACACCCAGGUAAUCGAAGGAAAGAUGAUUGCUCAUCUAGACAGUGCUACCGAUUUGUACUAUUCGGUCAGUGCACCAGCAAUGCGUGGAUAUAUUUCAUCUCGAGAUUUCCUGGAUUUGCGUAAGAUCAAGCUCGAUUCAACUGCUGACACCUAUACAGGAUAUUUUGUUUCUGUCGAAUCCAAUUUGUGUCCGAACAAUGGAAAUCCAAAAAUUGUAAGAGGACACAACUUCCCUUCUAUGAUUCGAACUCUGAAAGGCGAAGACGGAGUUACGAUGUUCGAAUGGCUCAUGAAAACAGAUUUGAAAGGAGGUCUCCCGAAGCGUCUCGUCAAUUCUGGAAUGAUAAAUUAUUUUAGUGAGCAUGUGAAACGGAUGAAUGAGUUUGCUGAGACACAUUAUCAUUGUCCAUCUGCCUGA